CUCAACCACUACUGUGAACCUUUUCGGCAUCCGCUAUCCUGACUACCCUCAGUAUCUUGCGCGGUGAUCUCUUUCCAAUUGCUCAUCAGCACGACGAGAUACAGACAUGGCAGAGCCCAGGGGCGGCGGCCGUGGUGGCAUCCGCAGCUACAGAGCUCCUGGACGGGGCUAUGGAAGGGGAGGAAAUAGUUCUGCAAGAGGAGGUCCGAAUCGACCCAUCUGUCGCUACUUUCGAGACCAGGGGACAUGUAGGUUUGGUGAGGGAUGCAGGUAUUCUCAUGAUCUAGGGUCGGCCGGCAACGGGAACAGCCAUUCAACCCAGCGAGCUACGAGGGUCGACGAAACUAUCGAACAACAGCUGGCAAGAUUCAGUUACAAUACUUGGAGAAGCCUCAUCAGAGAUCCGCCUCAUGCAAAUGAUACGUAUACCAUGCUGCGCCUUUGGGAAGGAGCACUCGACAUCUUGAACGCAGAUGAUCGAGACUGGAAACAGACUCUUCCGCAAGACCUGGACGAUGACGAAAAGUAUCAAGGCCGGCGCCAUAUCCGGGCUCUUUUGGACAUGCGGGCCCAAACUGGACAACUCGAGACCUUCACCCGUAUCUCUCGAUACUUCCUUCUGGUUAUUACGCAUCCCGCCUUGCUAGACUGUCUCUCGGUCGAUACAUACGUUGGUGCACUAUACAAUUUCAUAUGCGGUGCCAAUGGCACCCGUGCGGUUCCGUUCUUCCAGCAUCUUUGCGAAGUGUUGGUAGCUGUUUGGACGGCAACUUCUCGUCAAACGUCGACCGCAUCCACCGACUCAACCCUUAUUGCGAUGUCCACAGCCCUCUGCGAGUUGCUCAGACGUGAGCCGAGGACCAGAUUCAACGACGAUCUCCCGGAUCUAGUCAACUCGCUAGAAACCGCGGCGCAGCUGAUGACAGAGGGAGACUCAUCCAUCACCUCGCACAUCGUCAACACUCAUGUUGGAGAGCUUCGCGCAAUGAUAGCUCGAGCGCAAGGACUGCUCUCUGAUAACUCCAAUGAACCGCCUGCUGGCCACUCCAAUCAGACUACAGCGUCCACGUACCCCCGUGGUAUCAUCAUACCGAGUAACCGCCAUGACAAUGACAAAGUCGACAUUACGGAAUUCACCAUCUUCCCGACUCGAGCGGAAAUCAUGAGCGACGUACAAGAAUUCAUUCCCUCCAUGGAUCCCGAUCAGCCACACUUCCUCACCGAUAAGGCGGAGCGACAUAUCGACACCUGCUUUCGUCUGCUUCGUCAUGACACUUUCGGCAAGCUAAAAGAGGCCCUCGCAGACCUGUUGGACGCUAUCACGAAAGACCCUGCUUCGCUCAGCAAUCCCAAGGUUGACUUCGGAGAUAUGCGCGCUUACCCUUACUCGAACGCGUUCGUCAGUUACGUAACGUUCAACAGCCGGGGCGGUUUACAAGCGCAAAUUUCCUUCCUUCAGCCCUACUCAAUCCGCAAGAAGUCAGCCGCAGAGAGACGUAGAUGGUGGGACGAGUCGAGACGAUUGGAUGACGGAGUGCUGCUCUCCUUCAUCUGGAUCCAGAACUCAGUGGUCCAUCACUUGUUCUUAACAGUCUUGGAGAAGAACACAGACAAGGCGAAAGAGAGCAGUCUAUCCGGCGACGCCAAUAUGGCAACUGUCACCGUGAAGAUUUUGAACCAGGAUCAGCCGAACGUGGAGGCCUUCAUAGAGCUAAGCUGCCAGAAAACUCGAGGCGUCCUCGUCGAAUAUCCACGUGUGCUGCCAGCAACGUUCGUGCCUGUCCUGGAGAACCUCCAGCACAUGCAACGUUUGAGCCGGCUACCCUUUCGCCAAUGGAUCCUCCCGGACAGAGUCGACAUACGGCCCGGCUUCAAAGCUUACCACGAUAUCCCUCCGCCAUUGUAUGCUCGGAGCGCAGGAUUCGCUUUUCCUUUGAAGUCUAUCCUCAAGAACGACAGUGACGCCCUCUACGUUCAACCAGGUUCUUCGACCGACGAUAAGUCUCUCAUCGAUGAAAUGGAGGCAAAGACAGCGCUUGAUCGCGGACAAUGUCAAGCGUUAGUGGCGGCACUUACCCGCGAAUUUGCAUUCAUCCAAGGCCCCCCCGGGACAGGAAAGUCGUAUCUUGGCAUCCAGCUGAUGAAAGUGCUCAUGGGCAUCAAGAGCAAAGCAAAGCUUGGUCCGAUUGUUGUAGUAUGCUACACCAAUCAUGCCUUAGACCAAUUCCUAGAACACCUUUUAAUCAUCGGUCUCCAAAAGGUCAUCCGCAUAGGCGGUCAAAGCCGCUCUGAAAUGCUUGAAGACCACAACCUCCGGAAGAUUACCCAGUCCGAGAUGAAGACUAGGUCCGAGGGGACACAAGCCGCAAUUGCGUAUAAAAAGCUGGAAGCCCUUGAAGGGUCUAUCAAAUCUAUCCUUGGUCGAUUGCAUGGAGUGCGAAAGCGUGCAGAGUGGAAGAAUUUCGAGUACUUCCUUCGUCGAAAAUACCCCAGGAUUCAUGCACAAUUCAGACAGAACGACGAAGAGGGCUUCACUCUUGUGGGACGUCAUCCUUUUGAUGUGUGGAGAGCAGUCGAUCCAGCGCACAAGCCUUCUUGGAGAUCACCUCAGGCGUCUCAGGCAACGACGGAUCCGGUCAACCUCAUUCGGGAAGCAGCAGCAGACAUUCACUCUCUUUCCUCUGUGGAGAGACAAGCCCUUGUGGACCUAUGGACACAGGAGCUUCAGAGCGAUGCGAAGAGGGAAUUGUUCGAGACUGUGAAAGACGCUGACACCACUCAACGGCACCUGGCAAAUGUCCACGAGGAGCUCAAUCGGCGAGUGUUACAAGAAGCUGACGUUAUUGGCCUCACGACAACUGGCCUCGCAAAGAACAUCAUGACUCUUCAGCAUGUGCGAUGCAAGGUAGUCAUAUGCGAAGAGGCCGGUGAAGUCAUGGAACCGCACAUGAUUUCGGCACUGCUACCAACCGUGGAACAUUGCAUUCAAAUUGGAGAUCAUGAGCAGCUUCGGCCCUCUAUUACUAACUACAAAGACCUGUCGCUUGAGAGCAAGCGAGGCCUCUUGUAUCAAUUGGACCGAAGCCAAUUCGAACGGCUUUCGGUUGGUGAGCGUGGAAGACCUUUGAUGCCCAUCGCUCAAUUAAAUGUCCAACGACGCAUGCGGCCCGAGAUAUCGAUCCUAAUACGAGAGACAAUCUACGACAAGCUCGUGGAUCAUCCGUGCACGACACUACAUCCGAAUGUCGUUGGCAUGCGGAACAAUGUCUUCUGGCUUGAUCACGACUACGUCGAGGACCAAAAACAAGCAGAAGUACACCACCAAAAAUCGCAAUCCAAUGCAUGGGAGGUCCAAAUGGUUCAUGCAUUGGUGCGUCAUGUGGUGCGUCAAGGCAUCUACGCUAGCAACGACAUUGCUGUAUUGACCCCAUACACCGGUCAGUUGCAGAAGCUUCGUACGGUCUUGCGUAACGACUUUGAGGUCGUUCUCAGUGAACGUGAUGAAGACGCCCUGGCCAAAGAUGGGUUUACCUCUACUGGGCCUUCGUCCGAGGAUGAGGGGCCCGGUCCUCAGCAAGACAAUAAGAGAGUCGCCCUGGAAAAGAAGAAACUGAGUGAUCUGCUACGUGUGGCGACGGUGGACAAUUUCCAAGGCGAGGAAGCUAAGAUCGUCAUCGUUUCGUUGGUCCGCAGCAACGAGGAAAAGAAAGUCGGGUUCCUAAAGACCACUAACCGCAUCAACGUUCUGCUGAGCCGAGCUCAGCACGGCAUGUUCCUCAUCGGCAACACGGAAACGUAUUCCAACAUCCCUAUGUGGCAGAAGGUCAUCGACAUGCUUCGUGCUACGGAUUCCGUCGGCACUUCCUUAGGUCUCUGCUGUCCCCGCCAUAUGGAUACUGUUAUCCAAGUCCAACAACCAGAGGACUUCGCCAGAUUCAGUCCAGAGGGCGGCUGUCGUGAGGCAUGUCUCGAUCGCCUUCCUGACUGUGGGCAUCGAUGUCAAGCAAGAUGUCACUCGAAAGCUAUGCACGAUGUCUGGCAAUGUGAGCAGCCUUGCCAACGCCAGCACCAGCCAUGCAAUCACGCCUGUCAGAAGCAAACCUGCGGCGAGGACUGCGGAAGAUGCAUGAUUCUGGUGACCAACGUACGGCUUCCAUGCGGACAUAUCAAGGACAUUAUUGCGUGUCACCUCACCCAAAAUCUCGGCGGUAUUCAAUGCAAUGCACUCGUCUACAAAACAGUCCCCAGUUGCAAUCACAUAAUUCAAGUAAAAUGCUCGCAGGAUGUGACCGAGGAGCACUUCCGAUGCUCGCAGCCUUGUGGAUAUAUAUUAUCCUGCGGACAUGCCUGCCCAGGCACCUGUGGAAGUUGCAAUAUCAAAGACGCCGAUGGGAACACCACUGUGAGGCACUUACAGUGCCGUAAAAUUUGCGGUAGGCGUUUCGGAACGUGCAAUCACACCUGUCCCAAGCGUUGUCAUAGUGGGUCCAGCUGCGGCCUUUGUCAAAAGCGUUGCGAGGUACGCUGCAAGCACUCUAGAUGUGACUCGAAGUGCCACGAAGCAUGCACGCCCUGCGUUGAGUCAUGUACGUGGUCUUGCCUGCACCAUGGACAAUGCACUAUGCCUUGCUCCGCGCCGUGCAACCGGGUUCCAUGCGACAAGAGAUGCACCAAGCUGCUUCCCUGCGGUCACCAGUGUCCAGGACUAUGCGAAGAAGAGUGUCUCCCGCAAUAUUGCCAGGCAUGUGGGAUGAAGCCUGACGCAGUGGUCGAUAUGAUUAUAUUCAAGGAGUAUCACGAGAUCGACUUAGACGAGACGCCCGUGAUCGCUCUUCCUUGCGGACAUUUCUUCACCGCCGAGACGUUAGACGGCAUGAUUGGUUUGAAGGAAGUGUACAAUAUCAAUGCGGAGACGGGCGAAAUCUCAGGCCUGAAAGAUAUCUCCUCCGCGAUGGCGACGUCAAUUCCACGAUGCCCCGAUUGCCAAAGCCCAAUACGGCAGUUCGCGACGCAGAGAUACAAUCGACUCAUCAACAGGGCCGUUGUUGAUGAAAUGACCAAGCGCUUCAUUGUCACUGGUCAAGAAGAACUGCAGAAGAUAGAGGAGAGCCUGACGGGACUUGCAAACGAGUUUGAGAAGGUGCGACCAACAGCCAUACCCACAUCUUUUGCCAGUGGCGUUAAAAACGCCGAGACCCGAGCAAUGCAAGAUGUAGCGCAAAGGAUUCAAAAUCGCUACAAGGAGUCGACACGAAUUCAAAACGCCAUUCGUCAGUUGCAGCGACGGGUAGCUGAUCGCCAUCAACCUUGUCAAAAGCUUCACGAUGCCACCGUCCAUGCUAUGCGGCGGAAUGCAUCUCUGGACAGGGCGCUGGAAGGCCUCAGCCUUGAUUGUAGCAUGCCGCCUGGUGGACCAGAUCAGCUCGUCGCACUUGGAGCCAAGACGCUCGAGAUCAAGACCGAAUGCAUUAUCAUCGAGGACAAGUUCAACGUCCUGAGCGCAAUCAAGUUCAAACAUGACGAGUUUGCGGCGUCUCUGAAGUUUCCUGGAGGCUCACCUUCCCAUUUGAGCAAGCCUUUUCUACAGUCUUGCGCGAAGCUCAUCGCGGAGUGCAGCGAGAAGAAUCUUCCGAAGCUUGCAGUUGAAGCGGCACUUUACUACGCUCGGAUUGCACGGCUCUUCCAGGCGUCCGGUCCAACCAACUCAAAUGAUCGCCAGCAAACGGCCGAAUAUCGGGAGCAAGCCAAGCUCCAUUUGGAGAAGGCGCAAAAGCUAUGCGAGCAGCAAUUUCAGGACGCGGAGUCUUUGCUGCAGGCGGUGAAUGAGUCCAUCAAGCUGCUACGAAAGGAGUGGUACGAAGAGGUCACCGCGGAGGAACUUGCUGCCAUCAAGCAAGCGAUGGUCAGCGGGUCCAAAGGCAUUGCUACUCACUCUGGUCACUGGUACAACUGCGCCAACGGGCAUCCGUUCGCUAUUGGAGAAUGCGGUAUGCCUAUGGAACUUGCUCGUUGUCCAGAGUGCGGAGCGCGAAUCGGUGGUCAGCAUCACGAAGCUGUUCAGGGCGUGACGAGGGCCAUGGAAAUGGAGCGCUGAAGUGAAAUUCAGCGGGGUGAAGUACGAUUGUGAUCUAUCUAUGAUAUUGUUGAUACCUAGUAAUAGAUCCAGAAUACAUGUCUAU